UUGAAUAUUGCAAAAAGAUUCAAUAUAAGGUCCUGCAAUUAAAGGUGUUCUCCAAGACACCAAAACACACUCUCUUCAUCAUCAAAGUUUACCGGAAAAUAUCGAAUCGUUUUUCUAAUCAGUUUCCGAUGUCGAUAUUCGAGUACAAUGGAAGUGCUUUAGUGGCUAUGGUUGGGAAAAACUGUUUCGCUAUUGCCAGUGACCGGCGGCUUGGUGUACAGCUGCAAACGAUUGCUACUGAUUUCCAAAGAAUUUUUAAAAUACAUGACAAGCUUUUUAUUGGCCUUUCUGGCCUCGGUACUGAUGUCCAAACCCUGUUGGGGAUGUGGGGAGUGCGAAAUAAAGGGUGGAACUGUGUUUUUUGUUCCUUAUUUGGUGCUGCUUUCUUGUUGAUUGUGGGAUGGUAUCAAAGGCUCGUCUUCCGUCACAAGCUAUAUCAGCUUAGAGAAGAGAGAGAUAUGAAGCCUGAAACUUUUUCCAGCCUUGUAUCUGCUAUUCUUUAUGAGAAAAGGUUUGGUCCAUACUUUUGCCAACCUGUAAUUGCUGGAUUAGGAGAUGAUGACAAGCCUUUUAUUUGCACAAUGGAUGCUAUUGGAGCAAAGGAGCUUGCAAAAGAUUUUGUUGUUGCUGGCACUGCAUCUGAAUCACUAUAUGGUGCCUGUGAGGCCAUGUUCAAACCUGACAUGGGACCAGAAGAAUUGUUUGAGACCAUCUCUCAGGCACUUUUGUCAUCAGUUGACCGUGACUGUUUAAGUGGUUGGGGAGGACAUGUUUAUGUUGUUACACCAACUGAAGUGACAGAGAAGAUCUUGAAGGGAAGGAUGGACUAAAUACUUGUAGGUGCUAUACUUGUUCAACAUUGCAUUCAUUCGGAGGACAUUUCACUUUGGUUGAUGAAUACUUCACAUUUCAAUUUGAUACUAUCGUAUACGCUUCUCUCCAACUGUAGAUUCAGUGGUUGGUCACUAAUGAAUGUUAACAUUCUAGUUAGUUGACAAUUAGCUAUUUGAGCUUUCCGACGGAUUUACUUUACAUUGUCGGUGUAGCGUGUGUCAGUUGGGCCGGAUUCUCCAGCCAAAUGGUCAACCCUCUACAUCCUGUCCCACUCGACCACCAAAAUAUGGUGUGUUGAGGAUAGAGUUAGUUCUCUAUUGAGCACUUACUCUGCCUUCCUACUGUUGGAAUUAAUUUUAAUUUUUGUUUUUAUUGUU